CUUGACAUUUUGGAGCAUCAAGGGAUUGUUACGGAGCAAAUGCUGGAAGACGCAUUGGAGGCAAGCGAUGAAGCAUUGGACGACCUUCGAUUAGCUCGACUUUCACCGCUACUGGUGCUCAAGGUGAAAAAACAUGGCUGUGUGCGAACUUAACUACGAAUGUUGAGAGGCGCCUGGAAUUCGCUUGCUUACAAUGAUAAGCAUCUAAUAGACGGUUCCGGCGCAUGGAUUCGCUCGCGAGUACAGGAAAAUUAAGUCAACAUAUAAAGAUGACAGGACUGGCUCGAUACCUGACAGGAUGCUAUUAGCAUUGAAGUCCAGAAGCGACAGUCAGCUGGAGUUUAGCCUGGUCAGGACACUAGCGACCGCUGUCCUUCAUGGCAUGUUCCCAGACUCUUCGCUCGAAGCUAUAUAUACUGGUAUGGCGAGACAAUUUGCUGAUAAACCCAUCAGGAUCGAACAAUUGGAUCUAGUCGACGCGCGGUCAUGGCUGUUCACACUUUAUGAGUGGGUGGCGAACUGGACGGUUGAGUCGAGCUCGCAAGGCCAGAGUGAACACGACAUUGACUGGAUAUAUCGUAUCGUAAAUACGUUCUUCUACGAGAUCGUGACCCUCAUGAACGUGAACAAUGGUUCUGUUCAAGAUGUCUACAGGCUGCAGCUCGGGGUCGUCGACGUUCUCUCGAAGAUCCUUCUGGUGACUGUGUCGUUCUAUGCUGAGCCAACCCAUAACCUGUUCUUCAAAAACCUACAGCGGAUCAGCGCCAUGCACUCCCCUUCGAUGACGGCCAUGGUCGAAGUGAUUGCAGAGGACGACUCUACAGAGCAGAAUCAUGCCGACAAACUAUCUUUGGUUCCAAAGACUCCACAGGAACUUUUCUUAGCCGUACUAGGAGACGUCUUGAGGAUUAUUACCGGACCGCUUAUGGAAGGAAAAAUAGUAGACGUUCCAUCUGCAACCUGCCUCGUCAACGUCUUUAUCAUGACAAUGCAAAGGCUCGCAGCGCCUCCUCUAGGCAUGAGCGACAGUAGCAGUACUGUCGCCGCCACCGCCAUUAUGAGAUCCGCUAAUAACUCAAGCAGUACUGCUUUACCACCAAAAUGGACUAGCUGUGUCCUGAUGGAUCUAAUAACACCAAGCCUCGGAGCUGCCGUGAGCUCCUUUCUGGCCGACAAUGAAAAGUCUGGCGAAAUGGAAUGCGUACCCCUGAUUCAAGGCUGCGUUCAAAUCCUAUACAUGGGAGCGAGUGUAGCAGGAAGUGUGGAUGGCCGUGCACUGUCAAGAUCGACUGCUCAAUGGGCCAUGAAAGUUGCGGUCUUGGGAAUUGAGAGCACAGAGACAACGAUUGCUGUAGCGUCGUUGAAACUGCUGGCGACUAUAUCUGGCACUAGGAUGAUCACCACGGAGUUGCUGAAUGAGGCCAAUAUUGUGGCUAUCCGAAGGGGACUCGUUCGGUUGCAUCAAUCGAAGGACCUGAAAGAAGGAAUAUCACCGGAAAUCGUCCCGUUGCUCGACAAGAUGUGGGAGCUCCUUUCAUAGGAGUU